CUCAUGACACUUUUAUAUCUCUAUAUAUGCACAUACAGAACCACACCCUCAUUCCUACUACUCCCAAAUACCUCUAGUUCAUCUUAUCCUUGCUUGUUGCUAACUUUUUUCUCAUUCACCAAAGCCAUGAACAAGUUUAAGAAAUCUCAAGUUCUAGUGCUCUUUGUUCUACUUGUUCUUCUUGUGAUCAUACCCUCUUUACCUUCUUCUCUGAGGCCUACUUAUUUGUACUUCAUCACAAACUUCCUCAUCAUAGCACUUGGUGCUGAAGCAGGCCUUCUUUCAGUUUUUGCUAAGCCUUUAGAAGAUAAAAAGCAAUCUUCUUCUGUUACCAUUAAGCCUGUGAUGCCCUCAGAAGCCUCUCCUGAGAAAAGGGAAGCUUCCAAUUCCAUCACAACAUGUGUUAGUGUUGUCUCAGAUCAUGCUGAAAAUUGUGCAUCUGAUAGUGGAGUUUGUGUCACCAAAGUGGACAAGGUGCAAAAGGGUCCUUCAGUGCCUAGCCUUUUCUUCAUAGGGAGUGGAGAAGCUGAGGAAGAUGUUAUGAUUGAAGAAGAGCUUGAAGCUGAAGAGGACAUUGGAGGAAUUAAUGGGCAAGAGCUGUUUGCAAAGGCUGAAGCCUUUAUUAGGAACUUUUACAAGCAAUUGAAGAUGCAGAGAGAGGAGUCAUGGAUUUAUCAGAAAGCCUUGUAGGAAGAUGCAUUAGCUUUUACUAUAGAAUAAUGUGAUUUCUUUAAUGUUAGAUUAGAUUAGAUUAAAUUAAAAACAACGGUUCUAAUUUCCAUUUUGUACAUAUCUACAACUUUUGAGUUCAGAGGGGUCAGGUUUGUUUCCUAAUUUGUAUUAUCAUCAGAUAAAGUUCUAGUUAAGAGGGUUUUAGUUUGGUGGUGUUGUUAGAUUCUUUCAUACAUAAGAGAAAGAGGAAAAGGAAGAUGUUAUGAAUGAUAUGGUCUGUGUAUAUGAUAUUGUAUUUAGUGUCUGUUAGAUUGAUUAAUUAUUAAAAG